GAGAGCGAGAGAGGGCGGGCAUGCUUCCUCGAAAUUGAGGCUCUCUGUUCAGGCAUCGGUCUUGGUUUCGUUUUUAUGCGCCUUGAAACAGGAGUUUGAUGCUGGUUGAUGGAUAUCCAAUGGGCGCAUGUGCUCCUACUAUUAGACGGUCAAGAAUUUUACGGUGUCCGGUUCUAAAAUCUUUCAGUGAUUGAUUGAUCUUUUUCAGCAAUCAAUUUUGUUGCCAGCGCAGCUGUCGUGGUGCUGACAGUUUCGAAUUGUGAAGAAACUGAGAUGGGGCAAUUACUGAGCUUGGCUGGGAGCAGGAACUCGACGAUGGAUUACUGUGCAGAUCCUCAGGCCGAACCGAGCAAGCGUCGUCGGCUAUCCUGCGGUGAUACAUGCUUGGGUGAGCACCCCCGGCUCAUCCCUAGCCUACCAGAUGAGAUAUCAGUUCAGAUUCUUGCAAGGCUGCCUCGUAUAUGCUACUUGAAUUUGAGAUUGGUUUCUCGGAGCUGGAAGGCUGCUCUCACAGGUACUGAAGUUUACAGUAUAAGGAAAGAGCUCGGCACCACCGAAGAAUGGCUUUACGUACUGACCAAAAUUGAUGAAGAUAAGCUCUCAUGGCAUGCCUUUGAUCCAUUGUCUGGCAAAUGGCAGAGGUUGCCACCAAUGCCGGAAGCCAAUUAUGAAGACGAUGACCCUAGUAAGAUUUUCUCUGGGCUGCGGACAUGGAGUGUUGUAGGUUCCAGCCUGAGGAUAGCGGAUGUCAUCAAGGGAUGGCUUGGACGGAGGGAUUCUUUUGAGAGAAUGCCGUUCUGUGGUUGUUCAAUUGGUGCUGUUGAUGGCUGCCUCUACGUGUUGGGGGGAUUUUCACGGGCUUCUGCCAUGAAAUGUGUUUGGCGCUAUGAUCCUUGUGUAAAUGCAUGGAGUGAAGUGAGCUCAAUGAGUGUCGGAAGGGCUUAUUGUAAGACUGGCCUCCUGAACAACAAGCUUUAUGUUGUCGGAGGUGUUAGCAGGGCAAAAGGAGGGCUCACCCCUCUGCAAUCUGCUGAAGUUUUCGACCCUAAAACGGAGAGCUGGCAGCAGGUUCCAAGCAUGCCAUUUUCCAGAGCUCAGGUGUUGCCAACUGCAUUCUUGGCAGACAUGCUGAAGCCCAUUGCAACAGGAAUGGCCUCCUAUAGAGGAAGGUUAUGUGUCCCCCAGAGCUUGUACUCCUGGCCUUUCUUUGUGGACGUUGGUGGUGAGAUCUUUGAUCCAGAAGCAAACGCAUGGACUGAGAUGCCAAACGGAAUGGGGGAGGGCUGGCCUGCUCGGCAAGCAGGGACUAAGUUGAGUGUUGUGGUCGACGGAGAACUGUAUGCAUUGGAUCCUUCAAGUUCCUUGGACAGUGGCAGGAUCAAGAUAUAUGAUCAUCAGGAGGAUGCUUGGCGGGUAGUCUUGGGGCGUGUUCCUGUCAUCGAUUUCACUGAUUCUGAAUCUCCAUACCUACUCGCUGGUUUUCUUGGUAAACUUCAUGUUGUCACAAAAGAUGCCAACCAUGAUAUUGCAAUCCUCCAGGCCGAUCUGUGCAAGUCUUGUGAUUCAUACCCUUCAACAUCUGCAUCUCCGUCUUCUUCUUCCUGGUCGGCAUCAUCAUCAUCAUCAUCGUCGUCAUCAUCAUCUCAAUCGCCGUCAUCUUUACCAUACAAACCUUCUAAUGUUACAGAGGCAUCAACUGAGUCAGGGGAAGAUACAUGGAUAACCGUUGCCAGUAAGCACUUCGGUUCUUCUGAGCUGGUUAGCUGUCAGGUGUUAGACAUCUGAUCUGUUUUCUUCUGCAAAUAUAUCACCUUUCUUUUAGAGGAAGGUUGAUUUAUGUAAUUAGUUGUUUACCAAAUGUUUGGGCCUUGAGUCGCAACUCUCAACUGGUAGGAAAUUUGUAACAAAAACAUAGAAAUGAUGCUUGCUAAAUGAUAAACGAGGAAGGUUAUCA